UUGGGCGGAAGAAACGUGUUCAGUCGGAUCGGUCAGUGGGAAAAAUUUAAGGAUAUUUAGUGCCCCGCGGCUCCAGGAGUAAAUUUCCAGUAUUGAGCUAGUCAGUCUCAAUUCCCAAGAAACUGAGAACCACCAUGGCUCAAAUCUCUUCCAUCAAUGGCGGAACCGAUCAGGUUUUGGUGGAGGAGACAUCAAGUGUUAGAACAUUCAUAUUAAAUAGGCCUAAGCAGCUCAAUGCUCUUUCUCAUCAAAUGAUAUCUCAGCUGUUGGAACUUUUCCAUGUUAGUGAAAGAGAUUCUAAUGUGAAGAUGAUAAUAUUGAAGGGAAAUGGAAGGGCUUUCUGUGCUGGUGGUGAUGUUACAGCUGUUGUCCAUAAUGUUCGCCGGGGUAACUGGAAACUGGGUGCUGAUUAUUUCCGCGAAGAGUUCACCCUUAACUAUGUGAUGGCAACAUAUAGCAAACCCCAGGUCUCCAUCCUUAAUGGAAUUGUCAUGGGAGGUGGAGCUGGUGCUUCUGUACAUGGUAGAUUUCGAGUUGCAACAGAGAAGUCGGUUUUUGCUAUGCCUGAAACAGCUUUGGGACUCUUUCCUGAUGUAGGUGCCUCUUACUUUUAUUCGAGGCUUCCAGGAUUCUUCGGGGAAUAUGCUGGUCUUACUGGUGCUAGGUUGGAUGGUGCUGAAAUGCUUGCUUGUGGUCUAGCAACUCACUUUGUACCUUCAGAGAGGUUGCCACUUUUAGAACAAGCACUAGUUAAAGUCAAUACGAGUGAUCCAGAUGUUAUUUCGGCCAUCAUUAGUCGCUUCUCCCACAUACCAAAGUUGAAAGAAGGAAGUCCUUAUCACAAGAUGAAGAUCAUUGAUCGCUGUUUCUCUCGAAGAACAGUCGAAGAAAUCAUAUCUGCACUUGAAAGUGAGGCUUUGAACAAGAAUGAUGACUGGGUCUCUUCUACCAUUCAAUCGCUAAAGAAAGCAUCCCCUACAAGUCUUAAAAUUUCAUUGAGAUCAAUAAGAGAAGGGAGGUUGCAAGGUGUUGGUAGCUGCCUUAUCCGAGAGUAUAGGAUGGUUUGUCACGUGUUGAUGGGAGAAUUUAGCAAGGAUUUUUUCGAGGGAUGCAGAGCUUUACUCAUCGACAAGGAUAGAAAUCCUAAGUGGGAGCCGUCUAGACUGGACCUAAUUAGAGAUGAUGAUGUUGAUUGUUACUUCUCCAAGAUAGAUGAUGAAGAUUGGGAAGACCUAAAGCUCCCUCCCAGAUCAAACUUGCCUCCGUAUGCCAUUGCGAAGCUUUAAAAUUGAUUUAUGGAGACCUUGCAAUACUCUGCACUAUGUUGCCCUCUAGUCACUAGAUCAUUAUGAAGCCCAAUAAUCAUUAAAAUUAUAGGAGUAUUUCUUUUGUUGGGAAAUGGUAUACCAAAUAAUUGCUUGUGACUCCAUUGUACGAAGUUGUCAAAAAUCAAGCCCAAGGGAAGAUUGUACAUUACUAUAUAAACUAGGCAGAUACUUUUUGUAUACAGAGAUGUUCUAUUGCGUCAGAUGUCAUACCUCAAAAGAUUGUAUGUUACUGGAUAAUA